AUGACUGUUCGUCUUGUCUUGGUCUGCCCGCCACCGCCCCGUCCUUCCAUCCACCUCUGCUCCAGCUCAACAGUUGUCAUCCCUCUCCCCGCCGUGGCCAGCCCCUCCCAGGUCAAAGUAAACAGCGCUCACGGGUCCGAACGGUCCAAAAUGGAGGGGCACGAGGGGGAGCGAUGCAAGUCAACGUCGACCCUGCUGCUGUUCGACAUGACUGCAGCGUGGAGCAGCACCACAAAUGCCUGA